ACACAACACGCAGUGAUCGAGUCGGGCUCGAGCGACGUCGUACGCUGAGAAGAUGGCGCACUUCCAGGGACAGCAGCACGGCCACCCGGCGGCGCGCGUCGACGAGUACGGCAACCCGGUGGCGGCCGGCCACGGCAUCACCGGGACGCAAGAGGCAGGCGCCGGAGGGUACGGCGCCGCCGGCAACGUUGCGCAGCCUCAGCAUGCGUUCGGCGGCGCCACCGACGCCGGGGGUUAUGGCCGGCAGGCCGGAUACGGCGCCACCGGCACCGGCACCCACGACGCCGCGGGCUAUGGUGGUUCCGGUCAGCCGGCGUACGGCGCUACCGGCACUGGCGUCCAUGACGCCGGUGGUUUAAUGCCUGGGCACACUGCCGGGCAUGGUACCACCGGCACCGGAGUCCACCACGGCGCCGGCGCCGGUUUACCCGCGGGGCAGACCGCCGGGUACGGAACAACCGGCGUCACCGGAGCUCAGCACGGAGCUGGUGGACUAGGAACCGGGCACACAGCCGGGUACGGAACCACCGGAGCCCACCACGGCGCCGGUGGCUUGGGCACCAGGCACAUGGCUGGACACGGAGCCACCACAACACCCGACACCAUGGCAUACGGAACCACCGGCACAGGGGCGCCACACGGCGCCACCGCCGGCACCGGCGCGUAUCCGCACGCAGGCGGCCAGUUCCAGCCGGCGAGAGAGGAGCACAAGACCGGUGGCAUCCUCCGCCGCUCCGGCAGUUCAAGCUCAAGCUCGUCGUCUGAGGACGACGGGAUGGGAGGGAGGAGGAAGAAGGGAAUCAAGGAGAAGAUCAAGGAGAAGCUCCCCGGCGGCAACAAGGGCGGCCAGCAGCAGCCGACGGCCACUGCGGCGACCGGCGGAUAUGGUGCCGGCACGGGACACACCGCCGCCGCUGGUACAACCACCGACGCCGGCGGGACGGCGUAUACACCGACGACGCAGCCGACGCACGAGAAGAAGGGUAUGAUGGAGAAGAUCAAGGAGAAGCUCCCCGGUGGUGGCCAUCACUGAGCCCUUUUUGAGGUUCAGUUUAGCUCCAGCUUUGGAGUGGCCGUACACUGUUCAGAAUAACCAAUACUCCGAUGUAUGGAUGAAUAAAAACGAGUGGUUGCAUGCUUCAAUGUGUUGCUAAUAUUAAUAUCGGUCAUAGCUUCUUGUAUUUCUGAAGUUUGUACUUGCCUGUCUUUUAAAAUGUUUCCUUGUAUUUAUGAAGUUUGUACCUGCCUGCCUUUUAAAAUGUUUCCAUAAUGUUGCUAGUAAUGUUGUUA